ACGUCGUCGUUGCGCCAGAUCGAUUCUAUUCUAAACCCCAGCUAAUACGCCAUUCGCCGCACGCCGCCACGGAGCCAAGCCCUAGGCUCCUCUCCUCUCCUCCCUUCUCCUCCCCUCCCCGGCUGCUCCCCCAAUUCCUCUCCCUCUCCUCCGCCGCUGGUCCGUCCCGAUCGUGAUGGCAUCCCCGUGAGUGUGAAGUGUCGUGGGUUCGCCGCCAGUGCUACUCCAGUAGCAGUAGGGUUUGGGCGGCCGGGGGUGGGGGGCACAGGGGUUUGCCCCCAUGGCGAGCGACGUGCCCAUGAGCCCGGAGUUGGAGCAGAUCGACGGCGAGGUCCAGGACAUCUUCCGCGCGCUCCAAAAUGGAUUUCAAAAGAUGGACAAGAUUAAAGAUUCAAAUAGGCAAGCUAAACAGCUGGAGGAUCUCACAGCAAAAAUGAAGGAGUGCAAGCGCUUGAUCAAAGAGUUUGAUCGUAUACUGAAAGAUGAAGAGUCGAACAACCCUCCUGAGGUCCACAAGCAGCUAAAUGACAGAAAGCAGUAUAUGAUCAAAGAGUUGAAUUCCUAUGUUACCUUGAGGAAGACAUAUCAAAGUAGCCUUGGUAAUAAUAAUAAGAGAGUUGAGCUCUUUGAUAUGGGUGCUGGAAGUAGUGAACCUGCUGCUGAGGACAACAUUCAAAUGGCAUCAGCUAUGUCAAAUCAACAGCUAAUGGAUGCUGGAAGAGAACAAAUGACUCAGACUGAUCAAGCUAUUGACCGUUCAAAAAUGGUUGUGAUGCAAACUAUUGAAACUGGAACUCAAACUGCUUCAGCAUUAACACAGCAAGUAGGUCUUAUUUUGCAUUACAUACUACAGGAUUUUCUUAUCACAUGCUUCUAUUGGCAAUCUGGUAUACUUGUGCUGUUAGUAGGCAAUCUGGAACAACAAAUCUAUUUUUCUUUGCAGACAGAACAAAUGAAGAGAAUUGACAAUGAGUUGGAUUCUGUUCACUUUUCAUUGAAGAAGGCAAGCCAGCUGGUGAAAGAGAUUGGCCGUCAGGUUGCAACUGACAAAUGCAUCAUGGCAUUGCUUUUUCUGAUAGUUUGCGGUGUGAUUGCAAUUAUUGUUGUUAAGAUUGUGAACCCACGUAACAAGAACAUCCGCGACAUCCCAGGACUUGCUCCGCCUGCUCAAAAUUUCCAGAUUAGUAACAGGAGAUUGUUGUCGGUAGAAAUCUUCAGUGGCCUGUGAUGAUUGUGCUUGAAGUCUCAUGCAGGCGGAGCUCAGCUCGUUGCUUCAGAGUAGCUUAAUUGGCCAUAAGAUACUACGAUAUGCUGUAAAAAUUCUCUGUGUUUUGUAUAUUUAUCCACUGGCGUAUUAGAUAUUGAGUCGUAGAUUACUGCGUCGUGUUUGUAUACUCUCCGGCCUUUUGGUUGUGUGCAUAUGCAUUAUAGAGAUGGGAUCUUUUAC